AUGACAUCAUUAAUCGAAAAAACUCAUCCAUUAUGUAUGAUCUAUUGUGCAUCGCCUGGCUCAUUUGCCGUAUUAGAUCACGUUGCUUGGAUGGUUUCUGAGUGUCAUCAGAGAAAUGUUUUCUGUGCACUUAUCUAUACAAACAUGUGGGCUGGUCGUAAUAGACAAAGUAUCGUAGACGAAUUUUGUAAAUUAUUGAAUACUGUUCAUCCACAAAUCAAGUCAACCAAAGAAGAUGGUAUAAUCUAUUACAAUCGAAUUGCUCUCGUUGCAAUGGUUAAUAGCACACAGUAUGUUGAUGUAGACUUCUGUGUUACAGAACCACCAUCUGGCAUCAAUGAACUCAUUUUUGGUAUUGCUAAAUGUCUUGAGCGAGAUUUUAUGCUGGCAUGGUUUCGAACAGUAUCGGAAAAUCAAUCAUUUCGGACGACAAUGUCAUCGAAAUUAUGCGAUCUAUUCAAAGUACCAUAUGAGAAAUUCAAUAGUUUAUAUCAACAUGCUGAAAAUUUUCUUGAUCUACUAUUUGGUUUUUCUGAAUUUGACGAUGAAAACACAAUCUUACCUUCGCAAUCUAGAAUACAUAUCGAUCAUAAUGCUGCACUAUUAGCACAAACACCUAUGGUGAAUUUGGGCAGUUGA